AUGCUCGUGCACGUCCAGGCUCCCGGGAUGACCAAGAUCAUGGCGGCAGGUGGCGACACGUCGUGCGCGCCCGUGGACCUUGUGACAGUUCUUGACGUCGGUGGCAGCAUGAGAGGGUACAAGUUGGCGCUGCUGAAGCAGGCCAUGCGGGUCGUCAUCGCCAAUCUCGGCCCUGAUGACCGCCUCUCCGUCGUGUCCUUCUCCUCCGUGGCGCGCCGCCGAACCAAGCUCACGCGCAUGUCAGAGACCGGGAAGGCCUUGUCCGUGAGCGCCGUGGAGUCCCUCAUGGCGGGCGGCGGCACCAACAUUGCUGAGGGGCUCCGUGUGGCAGCCAUGGUACUCGACCAACGUCGGCACAGGAACGCCGUCUCUAGCGUCCUGCUCCUCUCCGACGGCCCAGGGCCGUCCAGCGUCCAGGCCAACAAUUACGAGGAGCUCAUCCCGCCCGUCUUCGCGCACACGGGCGUUGACUGUGAAUGGUCAACACCGAUCCACAGGUUCGGCUUCGGCAACGACCACGACGCGGCCGCGAUGCACGUCAUCGCCGAGGCGACGGGCGGCACGUUCUCAUUCAUCGAGAACGAGGCGGUGAUCGAGGACGCGUUCACCCAGUGCAUCGGCAGGCAGCUCUCUGUCAUGGUCCAGGAGGCUCGCAUCGCCGUCGCGUGCGUGCACGCCGGGGUCCGCGUCAUGUCGGUCAAGUCUGGCAGUUAUGAGAGCCGCAUCGACGAGGACGGCCGCGCCGCCACGGUCUGGAUCGGGGAACUCUACGCCGAGGAGGAGAGGCGUUUCUUGCUGUCUCUGGCCGUGCCAAGAGCUGAAGCAACAAACGGCGACACCGCUACUCUGGUGAAAGUGGUGUUCAGCUACAGAAACGCGGCGACCGGCGCGGGCGUGAGCGUGACAACGGAGACACAGUGGUGGCGAGGCCGGAGCACGCGCCGAACGCAUCGGAGCGGUCGGUAG